AUGAUCAUACAGUUGAAUCAACACUUUUCAAAGAUAGUGUGUGGUGUUGUUUUCUAUCCACAAAACACUUUAAAAGGAGGCUACAGAUUUAUCACACAUACUUUUUGCAUCCUUGGAUGCCGGUGUCUCAGGCCACUGAAAUGCAUUGAGGACAGAGAUCUGCUGGUUAAAGACAUUCUCAUGUUUCAGGUGGUCCACAGAGUCUGCGGGGCAUUUGAAAGAUUUAAGGAGGGGCUGAAGACCCUUGGUGUUCUGGAUGCGAUCAGAAUGCACCCAGACAGUUUUAGACCCUUAAUGUGUCACGAACCAUCCCCACUCACUGCUGACUUAAUGGAUCACCUGUUCCACAUCCGGCUGUCUGCAGUGGGAAGCAACAAAAGAAGGGCAGAGGAACGUGUUGUUCCAUUUUGGAGGGACUACCUGCAGGAUGUUGAAGAGCAAGAGGGAUCCUCAAAGCUAGGUAAAAUCCUAGCCUUUGCAACGGGUGCAAGUGUCAUCCCUCCGGUUGGCUUCUCCCCUCAACCAUCAGUUGAUUUCUUGCAUGAUCAGCCUGUCAGCUCCAGACGCUGUUUGCCAAUGGCAAACACCUGCAUCAACUGCCUUAAGUUGCCACUGCUUGACACAUACGAGGAUUUCAGGGAGAGUAUGGACUUUGCAUUAGGUAACACACAGGGUUUUGGUAGAGAAUAAUAUAUGGACUGUGAACAUUCAAGCUUAGCCAUUUGCAGAAAAAUCUUGCAUUUGAUGCUAUUACAGGUAACUAUUACAGUUUGAAAAAAAAAAAACAAAAACACAUUUUCAGUAGUGAGCCAAAACUUUUUUUUUUCCAAUAACCAAUGCAUUCACAGGCUGUAUAGAAUACCUUUUUUCUGUCACAUUCUUUUCUAGUGGAGUGGUUGGGAAGUUAUUAUUAUUUUUUUUUAGGGUAUAGAAGCCCAGUGGUGCAAAAAAAGCUAAAUGUUGGUUACAUUAUUCAGUCUGUUGUGAGAUAAACUGUUUAGCUUAGCAUGCAUAAAAGUACUAUAUGCAGCCAUUUACCAUUUAUCUGUUAGAGUACAAUCCACAGUGUUCUAGUACUCAAGCGUCCUUGUUACUGUUCACUAAUAAAAUUCACCAGGCCUAAAAAUAAUUGUAUGCCGUGGUUACCAUCAUCACUCAGUGGGUCUACUGUCUCGUGAAUUCUGUUCAGAACUGUUUGAUUUGCAUUAAAGUUGUUUACUGGAACAACAAUAUUGU